GCAGCACACAGAGUUGGGGAGGGGAGGCAUGAUGGAGCUAAGAUGGCAGACCGUCUGAGGGUGCAGCCGCUCGGGGGUCAAAGCAUUUCCGAUGGACGAAUGUCGAUAACCCCCCAAACAACGAACGCUCGUGAUAUUUUUGCCAUUUUCAAAGGAACGUUCUCGUAGGUUGAAGAAGAACCGCGAAGGAGGCGGGGGAGGACCUCGAUCGCCGAAUUAGCCCGGAUAACAAGCGCCGAUCUCGGAUCCAAUUUGUGCCAUUUUCCGCAACGUUAAAAAAAAAAAAGAACGCGCGGUGGAUUUUGACAAUAAUCGGACUGUAUCCGAUGGCAGGGCGUGAUCUAGCUGCUUUCUGUUUCGAGUGAUUCAUGCAUGCAUUGUGCUCCUGAACGAUGAUGUGUGCCGCUGCGGCAGCGGCCGCCGCCUGUGGGGGGAUUCUACCAUCCUCGUCGCCGUCGAUCGGGCUGGGAGUCCGGGUCAUUUACGGACUAGGAGCCGAUCUCUCCUCCAUUGGGCCGGGCAUGGGUUCCUGUCCGACACCCGGAGCCCAGUCUGACUGUCGGACUCGGUACCAGCUUUUACUCUCAGGAAGAGCCCUGGCGGAAAGAUACCGAAGGAUUUACACGACUGCCAUCAACGAUAAAGAGCAAGGAAUAAACCCUGGAAGGGGGAAAAAGGCAUUGAAUAAGAAGAAGCUGAAAAGACGACAAAAGGUGAAGUCCAAAGUCAAAUCGAGGACAAAGACUGAGAGUUUCGAUGGCGCCUUCUGCGUUCCUGACAUCAAGCUACACAGCAACCCGUCGGCGUUCAACGUCUACUGCAACGUGCGCCACUGCGUGCUGGAAUGGCAGCAGAGGGAGGCCUCGUUGGCGCUGGCAUCCAGGAGCUCGGUGCAGAGUGGCGACUCUGAUAGCGAGGAGGAGGAAGAAUACCGCGAGCCUGCCGUCAAGCUGCCAAAGAUCAUCGGUAUCGGCCUGUGUGGGGUCUUUGAGCUGAUCAAGGAGACGCGCUUCUCGCACCCCUCGCUGUGUCUGCGCAGUCUGCAGGCUUUGUUGGACAUGCUGCAGGGGCAACAGCCCGAGGGCUUCCAGACCGAGCCACCCGACGUGCUGGAGUCCCUUUUCCAGCUUCUGCUGGAGACCACGGUUCGAAGCACGGGCCCCAAUGACCCGACGGGACAGGCUAUCACAGCCCUGUCCUGCGCCUGCCUUUUCAGCCUGGUUGUUUCCUGGGGUGACACUGGCAAGAUUCUGCAGGCCGUCUCCGCUAUCCUCACCAACAAUGGCAGUCACGCUUGCCAGACCAUACAGGUGCCCACCAUAUUGAACGCCUUGCAGAGGAGCGUCCAGGCAGUUUUGGUAGGAAAGAUUCAGAUCCAGGACUGGUUUGGGAAUGGCAUCAAACGAGCCGCCUUGAUGAACAAAUGGGUGCUGAAAGGCGUGACCAUCGACGAAGACGAACGCUGCCUCCUGCAGACGGACGGUUCCUUCCUCUACUUGCUCUGCAAGGACGGACUGUACAAAGUUGGCUCGGGGUACAGCGGCACAGUCAGGGGUCAUGUUUACAACUCCACAUCCCGCAUUAGGAAUCGGACAGAGAAGAGAUCGUGGCUGGGCUUUGCACAGGGAUACUUGCUAUACAGAGACACAGGUAACCACAGUAUGUCAGCCAUCAAGAUCAGUCCCGAGACACUGGAGCCUGAGGGGGCUGUCACCAUGCCAGGUCAGCACUCAGAUGGACAGAACAUACUCUUCACGGACGGAGAGCACAUCAACCAAAUAGCAGCCUGCAAAGAUCAGGAUGGUUUUGUGGUGCGCAUCUACACAAUGAGCUCCGACCCCAGCCUGCAGCAGGAACUGCAGUUAAAACUGGCGAGGAAGUGUCUGCACGCCUGCGGCAUCUCCCUCUUCGACCUGGAGAAGGAUCUACACAUCAUCAGCACGGGCUUUGAUGAAGAGGCAGCUUUACUUGGAGCUGGCAGGGAAUUUGCACUGAUGAAAACUGCAUCUGGCAAGAUCUACUACACAGGAAAGUAUCAAAGCCUAGGAAUAAAGCAGGGAGGCCCUUCUGCUGGCAAAUGGGUGGAACUUCCUGUUACCAAAUCUCCAAAGAUCCUUCAGUUCUCCGUCGGUCACGACGGCUCCCACGCGUUAUUAGUUGCUGAAGAUGGAAGCGUCUUCUUCACCGGCUCUGCGAGCAAAGGAGAAGACGGCGAAUCCACUAAAAGCCGGCGACAGCCCAAACCCUACAAGCCUAAGAAAAUGAUUAAAUUAGAGACCAAGAUGGCCGUGUACACGGCGUGCAACAACGGCAGCAGCAGCAUCGUCACCAAGGACGGCGAGCUGUACAUGUUCGGAAAGGAUGCCAUUUACAGUGACAGCACUUGCCAAGUGACCGACCUGAAAGGCCACGUUGUGACCCAGGUUGCCAUGGGAAAGGCCCACACGUGCGUCUUGACCAAAAAUGGGGAGGUGUGGACCUUUGGCGUAAACAAUAAGGGCCAGUGUGGUCGAGACACAGGGGCCAUUAGCCAAGUGGGGAAAGCGUUCGGCGUGGAGAACAUGGCCACGGCCAUGGAUGAGGACCUGGAAGAUGAGCUGGAAGAGAAGGAAGAGAAAAGCAUGAUGUGUCAGCCUGGCAUGCACAAGUGGAAGCUGGACCAGUGCAUGGUUUGCACCGUAUGCGGCGACUGCACGGGUUACGGCGCCAGCUGUGUCAGCAGCGGGAGGCCUGAUAGAGUACCAGGCGGCAUCUGCGGCUGCGGCUCAGGAGAGUCCGGUUGUUCUGCUUGCGGAUGCUGCAAGGCUUGUGCUAGGGAGCUGGAUGGUCAGGAGGCUCGACAGAGAGGCAUCUUCGAUGCAGUCAAAGAGAUGAUCCCAUUGGACCUCCUUCUAGCUGUGCCUGUUCCCCCCCCUCCAGGAGUGAACAUCGAGGAGCACAUACAGAUCCGUCAGGAGGAGAAACGGCAAAGGAUCAACCGCCGACACAGGCUGGAGGAGGGACGAGGCCCCAUUGUUUACCCCGGUACCAUUUUAAUGAACCAGCGUGAGCAAGCCCUAGCCAGAAUAAGACCCCUUCAGGCACUAAGGCAUAAACCGGACAAGCACAAAGAUGGCAGUAGUGAGCGCGGUGAGAAAGAUGCCAGUAAAAUCACCACAUAUCCACCCGGUGCGGUCAGGUUUGACUGUGAGAUGCGGGCUGUGCAGGUCAGCUGCGGUUUUCAUCACUCGGUGGUGUUAAUGGAGAAUGGAGACGUCUACACAUUUGGCUACGGGCAACAUGGCCAACUUGGACACGGUGACGUAAACUCCAGGGGAUCUCCAACUCUUAUCCAGGCUCUCCCGGGUCCGAGUAUUCAAGUAACGGCAGGCAGCAACCACACCGUUGUUCUUCUAGUCGACGGGCAGGUCUUCACUUUCGGUAGUUUCUCGAAAGGACAACUCGGGCGACCUAUCCUCGACAUGCCGUACUGGAACGCCAAGCCGUCCCCCAUGCCCAACAUCGGCGCCAGAUACGGACGAAAAGCCACCUGGAUCGGCGCCAGCGGAGACCAGACGUUCCUGCGGAUUGACGAGGCGCUCAUCAACUCCCACGUGCUGGCCACUUCGGAGAUCUUUGCCAGCAAACACAUCAUCGGCUUGGUGCCGUCCUCCGUGUCCGAGCCGCCUCCGUUCAAAUGUUUACUCAUUAACAAAUUGGACGGAAGCUGCCGCACCUUCAAUGAUUCCGAGCAGGAGGACCUGCAGGGGUUUGGACUCUGCCUGGACCCGGUGUACGAUGUCAUAUGGAGGUUCUUACCAGCAUCAAGAGAGAUGUGGUGUUACAACGCAGUAAUAGCCGACGCCAGGAUGCCGUCUGCCACAGACUUACAGGCCCGCUGUGGCAUCCUGAGCCCUGAGCUCGCGCUGCCUGCGGGGUCACAUGCCACCACCACCCGCUCACAUGGCGCCUUACACAUUCUUGGCUGCCUGGACACCCUGGCGGCCAUGCAAGAAUUAAAGAUGGGCGUGACCAGCGCCGAGGAAGAGACGCAGGCAGUAAUGAAGGUCUACUCCAAGGAGGACUACAGCGUGGUGAACCGUUUCGAGAGUCACGGUGGCGGUUGGGGCUACUCGGCGCACUCUGUGGAGGCCAUUCGCUUUUGCGCUGACGCUGACAUCUUGCUGGGCGGGCUGGGCCUGUUCGGUGGGAGAGGAGAGUAUACUGCUAAAAUCAAGCUUUUUGAACUGGGGCCCGAUGGAGGCGACCAUGAGACAGACGGAGAUCUGCUUGCUGAGACUGACGUACUGGCUUAUGACUGUGCUGCCAGGGAGAAAUACGCCAUGAUGUUUGAUGAGCCAGUGUUGCUUCAGUCAGGCUGGUGGUACGUAGCUUGGGCCCGAGUAUCAGGUCCUAGCAGUGACUGCGGAUCCCACGGACAAGCCACCAUCACUACUGAUGAUGGCGUGGUAUUCCAGUUCAAAAGCUCCAAGAAGUCAAACAAUGGAACAGACGUCAAUGCAGGGCAAAUACCUCAGCUGCUUUACAGGCUUCCUUCGAAUGAUGGCAAUGCAUCCAAAGGGAAACAGCAGACCAGCGAGCCGGUUCACAUCCUUAAGCGCUCUUUUGCUCGGACAGUGUCUGUGGAGUGCUUCGAGUCCCUUCUCAGCAUCCUCCACUGGAGCUGGACUACUUUAGUUCUGGGUGUGGAGGAACUGCGAGGCCUGAAGGGCUUUCAGUACACAGCUACCCUGCUAGACCUGGAGAGGUUGCGUUUUGUGGGCACCUGCUGCCUCCGCUUGCUCCGGGUCUACAUCUGUGAGAUAUUUCCCAUCGCUGCCAGCACCAAAGCUGUGGUGGAGGAGUCCAGCAAGCUGGCCGAAUGCGUGGGAAAGACACGCAGCCUGCUGAAAAAAAUCCUGUCCGAGAGCACGGAUAACUGCCUGACCAAGCUGGACAACGACCCGCAGGGCUACCUGUCCCAGCCACUAACACUGUUGGAAGCAGUGCUGCAGGAGUGCCACAACACCUUCACUGCUUGCUUUCACUCUUUCUACCCGACGCCGGCACUGCAGUGGGCUUGUCUCUGUGACUUGCUGAACUGUCUGGAUCAGGACAUCGCAGAAGCCAACUUUCGUACAUCCAGCAGCCGUCUACUGGCGGCCGUGAUGUCCGCUCUGUGCAACACAUCGGUCAAGCUGACGUCCAUUCUGCCCAUCGCGUACGACGGCGAGGUCCUGCUGCGCUCAUUGGUCAAGCAAGUCAGCACGGAAAAUGACUCGGCCCUCGCUCACCGCUUUCCCCUGCUCGUGGCCCAUAUGGAGAAGCUAAGCCAUACCGAGGAGAACCUGAUGGGAAUGACUAGCUUCAGGGAAGUCCUGGAGAAAAUGCUGGUGAUCGUAGUGCUUCCUGUGAGGAAGAGCUUGAGGAAAGAGGUGGAGCUCUUCUCUCCGCACCUGGUGUCCAACACUUGCGGCCUUUUGGCUUCCAUCGUCUCCGAGCUUACCGCCUCUGCCCUGGGCUCUGAGGUGGAUGGUCUGAACUCGCUUCACUCAGUGAAAGCGUCCCCCAACCGUUUCACAAAGACGAGCCAGGGCCGCAGUUGGAACACGGGCAACGGUUCCCCGGAUGCCAUCUGCAUGACCGUGGACAAGCCGGGCGUCGUCUUGGUGGGCGUCUGCGUGUACGGAGGCGGCGGAAUCCACGAGUAUGAACUGGAAGUGCUCGCCGACGAUGCACAGACCGAGCACCCGGGUGACUCCGCACACUCGCACAGGUGGACAUCUCUCGAGCUGGUAAAAGGGACGUAUAGCACCGAUGAUUCACCCAGUGAUAUUGCGGAGAUUCGCCUGGAUAAGGCAGUGCCACUCAAGGAAGGGGUAAAAUACGCUGUGCGAUUGCGCAACUACGGCAGCCGCACCGCAAACGGAGACGGCGGCAUGACCACGGUGCAAUGCUCCGACGGCGUGUCUUUCACCUUCAGCACUUGCAGCUUGAGUAGCAAUGGCACCAACCAGACUCGCGGACAGAUCCCUCAGAUUUUAUACUACAGGAGCGAAUAUGAUGGCGAUCUCCAGUCGCAGUUGUUGAGCAAAGCCAACGAAGAAGACAAAAACUGCAGCCGGGCGCUUUCUGUGGUCAGCGCGGUGGUCAGAGCGGCCAAGGACUUGCUUCACAGGGCUUUUGCCGUCGACGUGGAUGACAUCCCUGAGCUGCUAAGCUCUUCUAGCCUCUUCUCCAUGCUGCUUCCUCUUAUCCUAGCGUACAUUGGCCCUGUGGCUGCAUCUGUACCAAAGGCUGCUGUUGAGGUCUUCGGGCUGGUCCAAGAGCUGCUUCCCGCCGUUUCGGCCCUCAACCAAAAGUACGCGCCACCCACGUUCAACCCCAACCAAUCGACGGACAGCACGACUGGCAAUCAGCUGGAGCAGGGACUGUCCGCCUGCACCACGUCCAAUCAUUACUCCGUGAUCGAGAGCGAUCACCCUUACAAACAGGCUGGCGUCACACAAUACAAGGUCUCGUUCCCCGAUUGCGUACGAUGGACGAGCAUCGAGUUCGACCCGCAGUGUGGCACGGCUCAGCCUGAAGACGUCCUUCGCCUGCUCAUCCCCAGUCGCACUCUUCACCUGUCCUGUUUGGGCGGUAAACCUCUGGUCCAUGACACCAUCAACACCUGGACCGAGCUCAGGAAAUUUUCAGGCUCCACAGGCUGGCCGACUUCAGUGCUCGUGCUGCCGGGAAAUGAAGUCUUAUUUUCACUAGAAACGGCCUCUGAUUAUGUGAAGGAUGAAAAGGCAUCCUUCUAUGGCUUUAAAUGUGUGGCUGUGGGAUAUGAAUUCAAUCCAGGUCCUGAUGAGGGUAUCAUCCAGCUGGAGAAAGAGUUGGCGUACUUGGGUAGUGUGUGUGCUGCAGCGCUAAUGAAGAAAGACUUAGCGCUCCCCAUAGGCAAUGAGCUGGAGGAGGACCUAGAAAUCCUAGAGGAGGCUUCUCUUCAGGUCUGUAAAGCACACGCAGGGAUCCUGGGGAAGGGUCUUGCGCUGUCACAUCCCCCCAUCAUCCUGGAGGCCCUGGAAGGAAACCUGCCCUUGCACCUUCAAACCAACGAGCACUCCUUUCUUGAGGACUUCAUAACAUGUGUGCAGAACUCAAGCGGAGGACGUCUCGCAAGGUGGCUGCAACCAGACUCUUACGCCGACCCUCAGAAGACAUCUCUAAUCCUGAACAAAGAUGACAUACGCUGCGGUUGGCCUGCGACAAUUGUCGUACAGACCAAAGACCAAUACGGAGAUGUGGUGCAUGUUCCCAACAUGAAGGUGGAAGUCAAGGCCGUGCCUGUUUCUCAAAAGAAGUCGCUGCAGCCGGACAAUGUGAAAAAAUUGCAGCGAUUGACCGGAAGCUGCUCUCCGGUGUGUUCUGGGCCGGAUCUCACCUUCGGAGGUCUUCCGCCACCUAAGUUAGAGGCCACGUACGAGCCUAUGAUCGUGAAAGAAGCCCGCUACAUCGCCAUCACUAUGAUGAAGGCAUAUGAAAGCUAUUCUUUUGAGGAGCUACGUUUUGCUUCCCCUACUCCAAAGAGGCCAAGUGAGAACAUGCUGAUCCGUGCCAACACUGACGGAACAUACAGUGCCAACUGGACCCCAGGAGCAGUCGGACUCUAUACAAUCCACGUCACCAUUGAUGGAAUUGAAAUAGAUGCAGGUUUGGAAGUAGAAGUUAAGGACCCUCCCAAAGGCAUGAUACCACCCGGGACGCAGAUGGUCAAACCCAAGGCAGAGCCCCAACCCAGCAAGGUCCGCAAAUUUGUGUCCAAGGAUAGCGCAGGCCUUCGUGUGCGCAGUCACCCCUCCCUGCAGAGUGAACAAAUAGGCAUAGUGCAUGUCAAUGGCACAAUCACUUUCAUUGAUGAGAUUCACAAUGACGACGGCGUGUGGCUCAAGCUCAAUGACGAAACGGUGAAGAAGUACGUUCCAAGCAUGAACGGCUACACUGAGGCCUGGUGCCUUUCUUUUAACCAGCACCUGGGCAGGAGCCUUCUGGUCCCCGCUGACAGUGUCUUUAACGCUAGCCAUGGAGUCAGGGAUAUCGGCUUUUUGUCGUGGACCCCCUUAUCUGUAUUCCCGCCACAGGAGGUCAGGGGCCAGACGGAGGACUCCACAAAGGAGGUGAGCAGCUGCCCAUCCCUCGAAGCUCCCGCUCGGGUGCAGGGCGGGGCAGGGCAGGGCGGCGGACCGGGGCUUUAUAAGGUAGUGAAGACCGGCCCCUCUGGUCACAACAUCAGAAGCUGCCCAAACCUUAGGGGUAUCCCCAUUGGAAUGUUAGUACUUGGCAACAUGGUCAAGGCCAUAGGCGAGGUGGUCAACUCAGAGGGAACAUGGGUGCAGCUGGAUAAAAACAGUGUCGUGGAGUUCUGCGAAAGUGACGAGGGAGAGGCCUGGUCACUGGCAAGAGACCGCGGAGGUAACCAGUACCUUCGCCACGAUGAAGAGCAAGCGCUGCUUGAGCAUGGCGCCCAGACUCCGCCACCAAGCCCUUUCUCAGUGCAGGCCUUCAACAGAGCCGCAACGUCUAAUGGAGCUCAGGGUUUUGAUUAUGGACUCUCCAACAAUAAAGGUGACCGGCUGAGCGCCAUACUGAAUUCCAUUCAGUCUGGGCCCUUCGUCCCAGCAGCUCCCUCCUCAGUGUUUGAGCAAGCCACACAACCUCCCUCAUCUUCCUCCUCUUCCUCCUCUUCCUCCACUUCCUCCCUUGUCCACAGUCCAUUUGUGUUCGGACAGUCCCCCUCCCAAGUGUCUCAGCCGCAACCACAGCUUCUGAAUGAUUCACCACGCAACCUUGCUUCUCGCGAACGUGUGCGCAAAAGCGGCGUGGCCGCAGCCGGGCAUGCCACUGCUCUUUCAUCUCUCGCUCUGAGGCAAAAGGGUGAACGAGGAAACCUGAUGACCGGCGCACGAUCCAUGUCCCCGGCCUCCAAACACCAUCAAGAGAAUCGUUCACCCAAACAAGAGAGUCGAGGGAGAGUCAAAACGGGUCAAGAUGGAUCGCUCUCUGCCAGCGAAGCCCUCAUUCUGCGCUCCGACACGGCCAAACUGCGCUCCGAUUCUCACGGCCGUUCUCACUCACCGAAUCACAACACUCUGCAAGCGCUCAAAUCUGAAGUCAGAACAUCAGGACACCGGUCCGACUCGCCCAACGUCAGCUCUCGCUCCUCCUCGCCUAAACAAAAAGGAACGUCCUCUUCCGGCAGAUCCAGUCCUUCCAGCACCUCCUCUUCAACACAUCAUGACAAGAACAUCCAGCCGAAAGUUAGCCCGUCAUCCAAAGCCCGUCUAGAACCUCCUAGAGAGAGAUCCAAGUCUGAUUCCUACACUCUGGACCCGGACACUCUCAGGAAGAAGAAGAUUCCUCUUACGGAACCUAUACGAGGCAGAUCCACCUCCCCGAAACCAAAACUGUCUCCCAAAGAUCCAAACCAAGAAGUUAUCUGUAACACGGAGAACCGCGUUCCUUCCCCCCACGUGACCCAAGAGAACCUGCACAGCGAAGUGGUGGAGGUGUGUUCCUCAAGUACUCUUCUCUCAAACGAGGACACGAACGAUGAAAACGUAGAGGUGCAGGACUCCGAGGAGUCCUUGUGCAAGGUGCACUUUAGCAUCGGAAAGGCCCCGGUUAAGGAGGAGCUGGAGAGUCGUUCUUCGCCCAAAGUCAGCCGCAAAACCUCUAGUCGACACUCCCGGCCAAAGAAGGACAAAUCCGGACCCCUAUUCAAAGCGGAGAGCGCGCAACGGAUAUGCGAGCCCGCCAAACAGGCCAUGUCCCCAUCGGUUGCAGAAUGCUCCCGUGCGGUCUUCGCGGCGUUCCUCUGGCAUGAAGGUAUCGUCCACGACGCCAUGGCCUGUUCGUCCUUCCUCAAGUUCAACCCGGAUUUAACCAAAGAGCACGCUCCCAUACGCAGCUCUCUCGGAGGGCAGUGCGCCGAAGACAAGGAAAGCAAGCUGAAAAACCGCCACUCCUUGGAAAUUUCCUCCGCGCUUAACAUGUUUAACAUCGCUCCGCACGGACCGGACAUCUCCAAAAUGGGCAGCAUCAACAAAAACAAGGUUCUGUCCAUGUUAAAAGAACCGCCAUUGCCAGAAAAGUGCGAGGACGGAAAAUCGGACUCAGUUUCCUACGAGAUGACGGCCCAUCCCUCCAUGAGAGUGAAAUCUAUACUACCUCUUACGCUGCAGCACUUGGUUGCAUUCUGGGAGGAUAUCUCCUUGGCGACUAUUAAAGCCGCGACGCAAAACAUGAUCUUCCCCAGUCCGGGGUCAAGCGCCAUCUUAAAGAAGAAGGAGAAUGAAAAAGACAGCAAAAAGGCCAAGAAGGACAAGAAGAAGCGGGAAAAGGCGGAGGUUCGGCCACGGGGAAAUCUGUUUGGAGAGAUGGCGCAGCUCGCCAUGGGCGGACCGGAGAAGGACACAAUUUGUGAGCUGUGUGGAGAAUCUCAUCCUUACCCUGUCACUUACCAUAUGAGACAGGCUCACCCUGGCUGCGGUCGCUACGCUGGAGGCCAAGGUUACAACAGCAUCGGUCACUUCUGCGGUGGCUGGGCUGGCAACUGCGGGGACGGAGGCAUUGGAGGCAGCACCUGGUAUCUAGUGUGUGAUCGCUGCCGGGAGAAAUACCUGAGAGAGAAGCAGACUGCGGCCAGGGAGAAGGUGAAGCAGUCCAGAAAGAAGCCACUCCAGGUGAAGACACCGAGAGCCCUACCUACCAUGGAAGCCCACCAGGUGAUCCGGGCAAACGCUUUGUUCCUGCUGUCACUCAGCAGCGCCGCUGAGCCCAGCAUGCUGUGCCACCAUCCUCCCCGGCCGCUGCAUUCUCAGCUUCUCCCAAGCCUCAAGGAGGGCGUCUCGGCCGAACUUCCCAAUAAAAUGAGCUGUCUCUACCUACAAACACUCGCCAGGCAACACACAGAGAAUUUUGGAAGCUACCAAGACGACAAUCUCUUCCAAGAUGAGAUGAGGUACUUGCGGUCCACAUCGGUUCCUGCGCCCUACAUUUCCGUCACCCCCGACGCCUGCCCUAAUGUUUUUGAAGAACCGGAGAGCAACAUGAAGUCAAUGCCACCGAGUCUUGAGACCAGCCCCAUUACAGACAGCGACACAGCCAAGCGCACCGUAUUUCAGAGAUCUUACUCCGUUGUGGCCUCAGAGUACGACAAGCAACACUCGCCAUCUCCUGCUAGGGUCAAAGCCGUGCCCAGACGCAGAGUACACAGCGGCGAUGCCGAGGUGGGAUCCUCGCUGUUGCGCCACCCGUCUCCCGAGCUGUCCAGGUUGAUCACUGCCCACGGCUCCCUCAGCAAAGGGGAGAGGAACUUCCAGUGGCCCGUGUUGGCGUUUGUCAUCCAGCAUCACGAUUUGGAAGGCCUUGAAGUAGCCAUGCGGCAUGCACUGAGGAAGUCGGCGUGCAGGGUGUUUGCAAUGGAGGCGUUCAACUGGCUCCUGUGCAACGUGAUCCAGACAACCUCACUGCAUGACAUUCUGUGGCAUUUUGUAGCAUCGCUCACCCCGUCUCCCUUUGAACCCGAGGACGAGGAAGAAGACGAAAACAAGGGCAACAAGGAAAACCUCGAACAGGAUCGAGACCUAGGUGUUUGUGAGCACCCUCUGUCCGACAUCGUUAUCGCAGGGGAGGCGGCUCACCCGCUGCCUCAUACCUUCCACCGCCUCCUGCAGACCAUCUCAGACCUCAUGAUGUCACUUCCUAGUGGAAGCUCACUUCAACAAAUGGCGCUAAGAUGCUGGAGUCUGAAAUUCAAGCAAUCCGACCACCAGUUCUUGCAUCAGAGCAACGUAUUCCACCACAUCAACAACAUACUCUCCAAGUCUGACGACGGCGACAGCGAAGAAAGCUUCAACAUCAGCGUUCAGUCGGGCUACGAAGCCAUUAGCCAGGAUCUCUGCCUAGUGACCUGCCUGAAGGACCUGACCAGCGUGGUGGACAUCAAGACGUCCAGUCGUCCCGCCAUGAUCGGCAGCCUGACGGACGGCUCCACCGAGACCUUCUGGGAGUCCGGAGACGAAGACAAGAACAAAACAAAGAGCGUCACCAUCAGCUGCGUAAAAGGCAUCAAUGCCUCCAAUGUUUCUGUUCACGUGGACAACUCGAGAGACCUCGGGAAUAAAGUGACCUCAGUGACGUUCCUGUGUGGAAAGGCUAUAGAAGACCUUUGCAGGAUCAAGCAGGUCGACCUGGAUUCACGUCACAUGGGCUGGGUGACAAGUGAACUCCCCGGGGGUGAUCAUCAUGUCAUCAAGGUGGAGCUGAAAGGGCCUGAGAAUACCCUGAGGGUGCGUCAGGUGAAGGUCCUCGGCUGGAAGGAGGGGGACAGCAUAAAGAUCGCCGGGCAGAUCUCUGCCAGCAUGGCGCAGCAGAAGAACUGCGAGGGAGAAACGUUGCGCGUCUUUCGACUCAUCACUUCACAGGUGUUUGGGAAGCUUAUCUGUGGAGAUGCAGAGCCAACCCCCGAGCAGGAGGAGAAAAAUCUGCUUUCGUCUCCAGAAGGAGAGGAAAAGGUACCAUCAGACGCGGACCUCAAAGAGCACAUGGUCGGAAUCAUUUUCAGCAGGAGCAAACUGACCAACCUACAGAAACAGGUGUGCGCACACAUCGUCCAGGCCAUCCGCAUGGAGGCGACGCGCGUGAGAGAGGAGUGGGAACACGCCAUCUCCAGCAAGGAGAACGCAAAUUCCCAGCCCAGCGACGACGACGCCUCGUCGGACGCCUACUGCUUCGAGCUACUGUCCAUGGUGUUGGCGCUGAGCGGCUCCAAUGUGGGGCGUCAGUACCUCGCGCAACAGCUGACGCUGAUGCAGGACCUUUUCUCGCUGCUGCACACGGCUUCACCACGAGUGCAGAGACAGGUGACAUCAUUGCUCCGACGAGUCUUACCGGAGGUGACGCCGGUGCGACUUGCCAGCAUCAUUGGAGUGAAGUCCCUGCCGCCGGCGGACAUCAGCGACAUUAUCCACUCCACGGAGAAGGGCGACUGGAACAAGCUGGGCAUCCUAGACAUGUUCUUGGGCUGCAUUGCCAAAGCUCUCACUGUGCAACUGAAGGCCAAAGGGACUACUAUUGCUGGCACCGCCGGCAUGGCCGCCGGCAAAGGGGUGACUACUGUCACUCUGCCAAUGAUCUUUAAUUCCAGCUACAUCCGAAGAGGAGAGAGCCACUGGUGGAUGAAAGGCUCCACUCCGCCUCAGAUUGCAGAGAUCAUCAUCAAAUUGGUCAAAGACAUGGCAGGCGGUCACCUUUCAGACGCGUGGUCACGAGUCACCAAAAAUGCAAUCGCUGAGACUAUCAUAGCGCUCACCAAAAUGGAGGAGGAGCAUCGGUCGCCUGUGCGCUGCAUCGCAACCACUAGACUGUGGCUAGCGCUAGCUUCCCUGUGUGUGCUGGACCAAGACCAUGUGGACCGACUGUCUUCUGGUCGGUGGAUGGGCAAAGACGGACAACAGAAGCAGAUGCCAAUGUGCGACAACCACGAUGACGGCGAGACGGCGGCCAUCAUCCUUUGCAACAUGUGUGGCAACCUUUGCACCGACUGCGACCGCUUCCUCCACCUGCACCGACGCACGCGCUCUCACCAGAGACAGGUGUUUAAGGAGGAAGAAGAGGCCAUCAAGGUGGACCUCCACGAAGGUUGCGGUCGGACCAAGCUCUUCUGGCUGAUGGCUCUGGCUGACUCCAAAACAAUGAAGGCCAUGGUGGAGUUCAGAGAACACACAGGCAAGCCUGCAUCGAGCAGCUCGGAUGCGUGCAGGUUCUGCGGAACGAGGAAUGGAACCGAGCUGUCGGCGGUUGGAAGUGUCUGUUCUGACCCUGACUGUCAGGAAUAUUCCAAGCUGGCGUGCAGUAAGACGCACCCCUGCGGGCACCCGUGCGGUGGGGUCAAGAACGAGGAGUCUUGCCUUCCAUGCUUGCACGGCUGCGAUAAGAACACAGGCUGCUUAAAGCAAGACGCCGACGACAUGUGCAUGAUUUGUUUCACCGAGGCGCUCUCUGCUGCCCCUGCUGUACAGCUGGACUGCACUCACGUAUUCCACCUCCAAUGCACCCGGCGUGUUCUGGAAAACCGCUGGCUUGGUCCCCGCAUUACUUUUGGCUUCAUGUUGUGUCCAAUUUGCAAGAACAAGAUCAACCACUCCGUGAUCAAGGAUCUGCUGGAUCCUAUCAAGGAGCUUUACGAGGACGUGAGACGAAAAGCCUUGAUGAGGCUGGAGUACGAGGGUCUGCACAAGAGCGAGGCCAUAACCACGCCAGGCGCGCGCUUCCACAACGACCCGGCGGGCUUUGCCAUGAACAGAUACGCCUACUAUGUUUGCUACAAGUGCAAGAAGGCCUAUUUCGGGGGAGAGGCCCGUUGCGACGCAGAGGCAGGCCAAGGUGAUGACUAUGACCCCAGUGAGCUGAUUUGCGGCGCCUGCUCUGAUGUUUCCAGGGCUCAGAUGUGCUCCAAGCACGGCACGGACUUCCUGGAGUACAAAUGUCGCUACUGCUGCUCGGUGGCAGUCUUCUUUUGCUUCGGCACCACGCACUUCUGCAACGCCUGCCACGACGACUUCCAGAGGAUGACCAGCGUCCCCAAGGAGGAGUUGCCGCAUUGCCCCGCAGGUCCCAAAGGCAAGCAGCUGGAGGGCACCGAAUGUCCGCUGCACGUGGUCCACCCGCCAACGGGCGAGGAGUUUGCUUUAGGCUGCGGCGUAUGCAGGAACGCGCACACCUUCUAACCAAGAGUUCCGCCAUCGGGAACUACUGUCGUCCACUGUGAUCUCCGGCCUGCUGGUUGCUGAAGCGCAUUCAGCAUGCGAAGCUCGGCUCCUCCCCGCAGGAAACGCGUGCAGAUUCCCGGGCUCGCCGAGAGCCCUCGGGGUCCUCUCUUACCGACCCGGGGUCCACUUUGGAUUCUUUGGGAUACCUGAGCGGGAAAGAAGACGAACAAUGACUCCGAAAUAUAUACAGUAUAUACAUAAUAGAAGAAAAUAACCUGUGGCGUGUUUGCAUGCGGCUGUCGAACUUCCCCGUUGCGCACCUUCUGCAACCAAAUGAAAGACGCGUCUGGGUUAUUAAAAAAAAAAAAAAUGAAAGGGACAGGCCGUAUUUCCAGCUUCUUAAUUAUUAUACAUUUAAAAUGUUGUUGUAUGUAAAACAUUUUUCGUAAUCUUGUACAGUAUUCUCCAACUGUCAAGUGCGUAAAAAAAAAAAAGGUGGUCAGUGAGACUGUUAUAAGAAUAUCGUUUGGAAGGAAAAUAGUGUACGAUUUAUCUAAUCUUGUAUAUAAUGCUACUAUUCAAAUGAGCUGUAUUCUCAAAGUUGCUACUUUUCACUUCACUUUUCUUUGAUAUAUUCUGGGUUAUGUUUUGAGCCAGAACUGUUAAUGAAGUGCAAUACUGGGCGUGCCUCCUGUUUUGCAGCUGUUUAAAGAAAAACAAAAUACAAAAAAAAAACUAUGGAAUGUAUGUCAAUAAAGCCACUGUACAUUUUUAUAAA